AUAAUCGGGUCAGCUGACUUGAACACUCGAUCAAAUUCCACAUUUGAUAUUUGGUGAACUGCUAAUCGAAGUAGAACAGAAGUUUGAGCAGAAGUUCUCGAUCAUAUUCACUUCUACACUGGUGUACUUACGCAGUUGCAUCAUAUAAUUGAAGUUUGAGCAGAAGUUCAGAAUAACACAACAAUGGAGUCGGUUAAUCGGACACUGGAGAACCGAAGUUUUUGGAAAGCAGGAGCAUUCGAUAUUGGCCCAACAAACUGGAAUCCUUCUCAAGAUGAAUUGGAGCAUGCUCGUGUGCACCCAAAGUUUCUUCAUUCCAAUGCAACUUCACACAAAUGGGCUUUUGGAGCAAUUGCUGAGCUGUUGGAUAAUGCUGUUGAUGAGAUCAACAAUGGAGCAACUUUUGUGAAAGUUGACAGAAUCUACAACAAAAGGGACAAUUCUCCUGCUUUGCUUUUCCUUGAUGAUGGAGGUGGAAUGGAUCCUGAAGGCAUUCGAAAGUGCAUGAGCUUAGGAUACUCAACAAAGAAGACAAAUGACACAAUUGGACAAUAUGGAAAUGGAUUCAAGACAAGUACUAUGAGAUUAGGAGCUGAUGUGAUAGUUUUCAGUCGUGCAUUUCGAAAAGGCAAAGCAACUCAAAGUGUUGGUCUUUUAUCCUAUACAUUUCUACGCAAAACUGGACAAGAUGAUGUUAUUGUUCCCAUGAUUGAUUUUGAUAUAUCAAAGCAUUGGGCAGAGCCUUUAAUAUAUGGCUCUCAGGAUGAUUGGUCUACUAACUUGAACACAAUUCUUGAAUGGUCUCCAUUUUCUUCAAAAGACGAUUUAAUGCAACAGUUUGAAGAUAUUGGGCCACAUGGGACAAAGGUGUUAAUAUACAACUUAUGGCUGAAUGAUGAAGGCAUUUAUGAAUUAAACUUUGAUGAGGAUGAUGAGGAUAUAAAAUUGAGAGAUGAAGUUUCUCGUUUGUCUAAAUUAAGCAAGAAAGCAGCUGAAAUAGAAACACAUAUUUCUAAACGCCUUCUACAUUCCUUAAGGGCAUAUGUUUCUAUGUUGUAUCUCAAAAAGUUUAAAAACUUUAAAAUUUUCUUAAGGGGAGAACCUGUAGAGCAAUUUAAUAUAGCAGAUGAAUUGAAAUGUAAGGAAGUUGUUAUUUACAGACCACAUGUUUCUUCAAUGAAAGAGGCGAUUAUGGAGACAACCCUUGGAUUUAUUAAAGAAGCACCUGCUCUUCCAAUUACUGGAUUUAACAUAUAUCAUAAAAAUCGUCUUAUUCGACCCUUUUGGAAAGUAACUGGUGAUGGGAAUUCUAAAGGAAAUGGAAUUGUGGGAGUUCUUGAAGCAAAUUUCAUAGAACCAGCACACGACAAACAGGAUUUUGAAAGAUCAUCUUUAUUCUCAAGGCUGGAAUUGAAGCUUAAACAGAUGCAAAUGGAUUAUUGGAGGACUCACUGCCACUUAAUCGGGCAUCUGCCCGAUCCAAGUUUCCUUCGAAAACUGGAAAAGACAUCGUCCACUCUGCCACUUCAAACCCAAGGUCAAAGGGUUGACCAUAGUCAAAGUCAAACCAUGCCUGGUCUUGCGGUCAACCCAAGGCCCGAUUUGAUGGCUAACCAUGCUCGAACCGUCUACAACAAUGGCGUACCUGUCGCUCGGGCUCCUCCUGGAUUUGACACCGGUUUUGAUCAAGAAGUGACACGUGGAGAUGGUUCAGUUGAUAUUGAUCAAAUUUGUGAUGAAAACAUCCAACUUUUCAUGAGAUGUGAGGAGCACACACAAAGGAAGAAUGAGUUAACAACUACGGUUAAUGAUUUGGAGAAAAAGGUUGCGGAAACCAAAAGGAAAUGUGCUGAGCUUUCUUUGCGACUUGAGCUUUUAAGAGGGCAGAAUUUUGUAUCAUAAAAUAAUUGAUAUUUUAGUGUUUAAUGCUGUUUUUUUUGGUGUGUUGUGUGUUUGUAUGUCAAAGAAAUGGUUGUAGCAUUAGUAGGUGCAUAUUAGCAACUUUUGGUUA